AUAUUUUGAAAUAUUUGAUUUGCUUUGUUUGUUUGUUUAGGAAGUCCCCGUCUGUUCUAUGGACCAGCUGACAUCGUUUUAUUCCCAAGCAGUAAUAACAUGCUCUUUGAAGUUGAUAACAGCAAGUGUGCCAUUUUUUCUUGGAAGAAGACUACAUCAGAAAACACGAGACACCAUCACAAUUCAGACAAUAAUAGUUAUGAGGAAAAUGAAUUCAUGUAUAUGAACAACUUGGUUGAAAGCCAUGCAUCCUUGAACAAUCUAAAUCAAAUAUACAAGCAAGCCAUAGCAGUAUCCAUAUAUAAAUUCAAGGAAAUGACUUUAAGUAAAGAAUCCGUCUUACAUGAAUCAACAGGAACAUCAAUGAUUCCAGUUUGUGCCAUCAGUGGAACUUCAUAUGACAUUACAAUGUAUGAUGCUCAAAACGAUUUCUUACUAAAAAUGGGUACUGAUGGAGCAAAACUAUUUGAUGGUGAAAGACUGAAAUUCUCUGCCAUUUUGGAUUUAUGGUUUGUGAUUUACCAUCAUUUAUUUUGUUCACUACGACCAGCUGAAGUUGUAGCAGAUCUGAAAGGUACAUGCGGACUUAUACCUCGUCUUGGAGAGGAGAGAUUUGCAUCCAUUGUGAAAACAUCUGAGUGGGCAAAUUUGAUAAUUCCUCAUGACAGGACUUAUCACUCUCAGUUCUAUACUUUGUAUAAUUCCAGACCUGCUGGUGGACAAACACCUUCAAGUGUAUUAAACUGAACAUUUGUUUUCUUAAUAAUAAUAAUAAUAAAAUUUAUGUAACAAGUCAGUUACAUUGAAAAUAUUUCACUUUAUGUGUUUGAAAAAUAUGGCAAAUUUCAAUUAGGCUGGAAUACUUCCAGACAAAGGGCCUCUUAAAAGAA